AUAAUUUACAUAAAUUUAUAGUUGUGGACAAGGUAUACCUAACGAUCUCAUUGAUCGAGCGAGAAUUUGUAACGUGAAAAUUGUAAUGUGCUUACAAGGACGAAUUUAGUUUGAAGUCUUCGUUGGGGCGAUGAGUGAUCGAGGGUAGAAAUGAACGGUUAUGUACGAGAGAAAGACGUGGUUGUUCCUCAAUAACAGCGGAAAGUCCUCAUACGGAAAGAGAAGUUUAAUGGUUUGUUAUUGUGGCAAAAAGAAAAUAUCAUUGAUUCUGUUUUCUAAGGACUCAUACACAACGUGGUUGAAAAGAUUUGCCACGUGGUGUCCUAUCGAAAAUUUGGGUAUAUAAUAUUCAGAGGACUAUACGAACCUAAGAAGUAGCGUAAUUUUUUAUGGCUUGGAACAAUGUUAGGAGUCUUUUACGUGGCAUUCCGGGAUCCGAGAGCAAUCGAACGAAUGAUUUGGAUGGAGAUGAACAAAAUCUAAGUCAACAGAUAGCCAAACAAGACAAUAAGGAAUGGAUACCACAAAGACGACUUUGUGAAAACCCACAUACGAAACUAGGCGAACGUAGAUCACUCGAUUUUCUCACAGUUCCCGCUUAUUCUGAGCCUUUAAGACGAACCUCCUCGGUAGGAGGUCGAAUCGAUGUAGUCGAAAAACGUGGAAGUCGCAGUGCCAGUCUGCUUUCUGCGACUUGUUACAAUGAUUUAGGCGGUUCGAGCUUGGGCAGUCGCGAACGGUUUUUGUUUAAUGGCUCAGCGCGAGGGCAGAAGCGUGUUCCUGUACGGGAGAUAUUCGGAAAGCAAUCGAUUGAGGAUUUAUCAGCUGCAAAAUUCACUUAUUGGUCUCAGUCAGGGGAAGGGGCCGAUGGCGAGAAGGAAACUCUGCACAGUCUUGCGCGGCGAGGAAACACACAGGAAAUCCGCGUAUUGCUUCAGCAAAAUGAGGAUAUCGACAAGCGUGACUCGUACGGCAAGACCCCCCUUCACUGCGCAGUCUCCGCCGGACAACUUGCGGCCGUCAAGUAUCUUCUGCAUUGCCAUGCCAACCCGAAUCUGAAAGAUCACCGAGAGGAGGCACCGCUACACGCGGCCGUCAGGACAGGAAAUGUUGACGUCGUCGAGGCUUUGCUAAACCACAAGGCGACAAAUGUGAACAUCGAGGGGCGUAACAAGUACACCCCCCUACACAUCGCCGCAUACCUGGAGCACCGUAACGCACUCGAGAUCUGCCAGAAACUGCUGGAUGGUGGCGCGAAUGUGACGUUGCGUGGAAGUGAUCACAUGACCCCGCUGAGCGUGGCUACGAUGAAAGGUGCUCAUGAAACCAUGGAGCUGUUCUUUAAGAAAAGUCACGAGCUCCAGAACGACCCUAAGAAAUCGAUGGACAUUUUGUACAGCGUGGAUUAUGAAGGAAGCACACUUUUACACCUCGCUAUCGACAGUGGCUCACUCAAGGCCGUCCUUCUCUGUCUGGACCAGGGGUGUUCCCUCACCGCUAUACGGCGUGUUGAUGGCGGCUCGCCCAUCCACCUGGCCUGCAGGCUCGGCGCCCUGGACAUCGUGCAGUGUCUUCAUCAGCAUGACCCCUCGACCUUCAUCUCCAUACUUCUGGACAGGGAAGGCAUGACCCCCUUGCACAGGGCGGCGAUGUUUAACCAUGAAGGCGUUGUGCGAUUCAUUAUUGAACAAGGUCUAGACCUCAACCCUCGCGAUAAGGAAAAGUGUACGCCGCUGCUACUGGCUGCAGCACAUGGCUGCUCCAACGUCGUCUCCCUGCUGCUAGACAAGGGCGCGGACGUCUCGUGCAAAGAUGACAAAAACCGGACAGCAUUGCACUGGGCCGUCGGUCAGGACAAGACUAUCGAGGGGUUACUUGAUGAUCCCAGGGUGCAGUCCCUUCAGCUUGUCAACGACCAGGACAGCACGGGUUCCACAACACUCCACUACGCCGCGCAAGGGGGAUUCCUCAAGAGCGUUUUAUUGCUUCUGAAGAAUGGCGCUGAUCCGAGUCUUAAGAACCACAAGCUAGAGACGCCACUACAUCUGGCCGCAAGUCACGGCUGGCUCCCGAUCGUCAAGAAGCUGAUGGAAGGCCGCCAGACGCGACUUAUGAAUGUAGGCAACUUAAGUGACCACACGCCUUUGCACCUUGCUGCUUCUAACGGGCAGGAGAAAGUGGUGAAGUUCUUGCUAGACCGCGGGGCCACCAUAGAAAGGGACACGGAGGGUCGUACAGCACUGCAUUUUGCUGCCGCUAAGGGCUCGCUCAGGAGUGUGCAGCUCAUUUGCAUGGCGAAUCCAAACUGUAUCAACGACGAGGAUAACGCAGAUCAGGACACAUCUCUUCAUCUAGCAGCCAAGAAUGGGCAUAGCGAGGUAGUGGACUUCCUUCUCUCCGACCCAAACCAGAAGAUAACCUACAAUGGGUAUAACCAGAAUGGACUGGAUGUGGCCAUAGAGGCGGGCAGAGAGAACGUUGUCAUGGUGAUAGCCAAUCAUACAAGGUGGCGUGAGAUGUGUCAUCGUGUUGAGGAAGGCCUGACCCAAUUACAGCACCUCGUCAUCAAGAUGCCUUCAGCAGCGGAGAAAUUCCUUGAUCGAUGCGUUGAAGAGUGUGGAGCGGGCAAAGACGAGGACUACUCGGUCACGUUUGACUUUAUGUUUUUGCAAGGCAUGCCAGACAUCAGGAAAGAUGACCCCAAGAAGUUCUUGGAUUGUCUGCACACCAUGGUUAAGUACAAGCGUGUCAACUGUUUGUCUCAUCAAGUAUGUGGAGCAAUUAUGAAUAUCAAAUGGCGUAGUGUUGGUUGGAAGGCUUACGUGAUGAACCUCACGUUCUACCUCAUCUUCCUUCUGCUUCUCACCUCCAUGACCAUCAUGUUGGACGCGAGAAUCGAAGACAACCUAGUCAUAGACAUCCCGAAAUACACCAUUAUCGUUAUGAGCUUGUUUCAUUUACUGAAAGAGCUUUUCCAAAUAUGGGAUGAGAAGUUCAAGUAUCUCCUAAAAGCAGACAACUGGAUGGAGUGGUUCCUGUACAUGUCUAGCCUCGUUUACAUGAUCCAAUACGAAGUCUUCGAUAAUCACGUGUCAGUUACAGGGGAAACCAGGCCCCUCGCGGCAACGGCUAUUUUUAUAGCCUGGGUUAUAUUUGUACUCUAUUUACGAAGGUUUUCUACAUUUGGUAUUUACAUCAUAAUGAUGACAAAUAUUAUCAAGACUCUAAUUAAGAUUAUUAUUUUAUUUAUACCAUUCGUCAUUGCGUUCGGGAUCCCCUUCUUUUUGCUGCUGAAAAAAGAUUACUAUGAGGACAGCGACACAACGACCAGCAGCACCAACACCAAUAACAAUAUCACAGCUCCCAACAGCACCAACAGUACGGCUGCCGCACCCCAGACAGCUCAAAGAAAGACGGACACCCAGUUCCUAUUUGACGAGCUGCCUUACUCUCUGUUCACCACCUUUAUGCUGAUUCUGGGCGAGAUGAAGUACCCCCACACCGUGUACAAGUACCAGCCUAUUCCUAACCCAUGGAUCAGCUACAUCAUCUACAUCAUCUUCUGCGUGUGCAUGCCCAUCAUCAUCAAGAACUUGCUGAUUGGUCUUUCUGUUGGAGACGUCAAUCGAAUUCUACAGACGGCAAAAAUGGAGCAGCAUGCCAUGCAGGUUGAGCUGUUAUUGGAGCUUGAGCGUGCCACCCCUCGCCGAGUGUUGCGCAAGAUUUGGGUCGCGUAUUUUGUCGACUUCCCCAACAGGAACAAGACUUGGAAACAAAAGCUGAUGGAGUUCGGCUCGCCUAAACGCACGGCUGCCAAUCAGGAGACGUAUAUCAACCCCGCCCUGCUGAGCAUCUCGGAUAACGUACAGAACCUGACCGCCAAGGUUGAGCAGCAGGAAGACAAAUUGAAAAGUAUUGUCCGACUACUAAACCGAAUGGAUUCGCGCCUGACAGACUUGGCGAGUACCGCUGGUCCACGGCAACCGCCUGCUCUGGAGCGCUCCACUCCGGAACUCUCCACACAGAGUGAUCCACCGAGUGACCCGCCUGGCGAUCCAGACAACAACAGAGAAACCUCGAGCAGACAAGAUGAGUUACGAGUCGUCGAAAGACACGCCGCCGCCAAAUACAAGGGACAGGUGUCAAUGGUUUGACCUUUAACAGGCCCCUGAUACCGCGUGAUCACCUUUCGCUACCCUAUGAUGGACGUUUCAGGCACGAAUCAGUGACUUGUUCUGAUAGCAAUAAAUUAUUUGAAUUCGA